UUUCCAUAUGUUUUGUUUCUAUGUGUGUAAGAUAGAAGGCUCUAAAUUCGGUACGGGUGCCCGACAAAUCGAAGCUGUAACGUCACAGCCAGCACCACAGAAGACAGAAACUCUGAUCCGGUCAAUUUCUUUAUGCUUGCAUUUACCAAAAAUGGAUCAUAGAAUUGGAAUCUUCUUGUUAAAAUUAGUCUGCGCUCAACAUUUCGUGUUGUGUGGACUACAGAAACUUACGGUCAAAUCCAGUGGCGUAGCGUCUAUGUAUGCUACGCUUGCGGCGCAAACGUCAAAAAUUCUAGACAAGGUCUAAAAUUCUUGCAAUACUUCUGACGGUAAUAAAUACGUUGUAGUGUUAAAGUCAAUGCAUAACAUAUUCCGCAAUAAACUGUUUUUUUCUGGUCAUGAGCAGUAUGCAGUGAACUCCAGCGCCAACAUCCCAAUUGGCUAUUUUUCCAAGUAGACAGAUGGUCAAAAAUUGUGAAAUUCGAAAAAUCUAAAAAACUGAAGCCCCUUGACAUCAUUCUUUUUGCCUGUCGAAAAUAAGAGAAACGUGAAAUGCUUCAGUGCAGCUUCAGUGCAGCUCGAGAGAAGCUUCUGAGACCAGUAAGAAUUUUCUGGACUGGAGCUUGCAGUCAGCCUGAGCGCAAGCAUUCCCAAAUAUUUGAUUAUUGGGUAAUUCCAUGUCAAAUUUUUGUCAAGUGACACCAUAUAUCUCAGAAUUACAUGAAAUUUGGUGAGCAUGCUGCAACUAUGGCUAAAAGACUUGCUACAAAUUUUUUUCUCAAAAUUCCUAUCCGUUCAGGUUUUAUGGGCAUUAGAAAAGUCUUUUAGCCCCGCCCAUUUUAGGGGCGAAAAUCAGAGCCGCAGUUUUGCAUGGGUUUAAUUGUUUGUAGUAUCCAAUGGUUUAUUGCUGUGCUAUGCAAAUUUGGCCCUAUUAGGUUUUCAAGCAUGUAGAUUCCAUAAAACACACUUAAAUCUCACUUCCACCUUUACCUUAGGAGAUAUGGCUUAAUCUUCAAGUACAGCUGCAAAUUUCUCACAACCACUAGUGUUUAUAUUGGCCUUCCCCCCUUGAAAGGCCCAGGUAGCACCACAAAUAUUGUUAAGUUUUUUCAAAAACGAAUGUUGUGUGCACCAGCUUGAAAAGUUUCAUUGUGGUACUACCUGGUUAAGUUCACUAAAUAGGGUGGUCAUUAUGACCAUAAAACUGCUUGUACGUGCCGCUUUGAGCAAGGACAAAAUACAAUCUAAAACUGCAUUUACAAUGUUAAUUUAUGAUUUCUAUAAAUUUAGACACUAUAAAUUUGAAAUCCUUUUUUGACAAGUUGUACUGUCUCCCAGUGGAAGUUGUUGGAGGGUCUAUGAUGCUCAAAAUAUGGGUAACUGGAACCAGACAAAUGUCUUCACUGUUAGGCCAUGAAAAUGACCGUGCUGGCCCAUGAGGAUGCAUAAAUUUGAUAAGCGCAUCUCCUUCUUCAUCAUUGACCUCAAGGACAAACCCAAUCCACCAUUUGCUGUCUGGUAUACAGCCUACAAAUUCACAUGUCCUUUAGGUCCUUUAGGAUUUUUUAAACUGAAUCAUGCACAGAUAGAUUUACUAGUUGCUGCUAUAUUAGAUGGGUUUAUAGAUUUAGGUGUUUUCUAGAGACUGUUUUUGUCCCCAUUGAGGACCAACUUAUUAGAUAAUUCCUCCUGUUCUUGCUAAGGUGUGUGUAUAAUUGAUCAAGUAAUUCCAAAACACCAGUAAUUCUGAUAUAUAUUUGCUGGAUCAUUUAUGUGAGAACUUUUGAUUUUUCUGCCCAAAGAGUUCAUCCUUUCAGCAUGAAAUAAAAAAAUGGCAUGCUGAGUUUUCAGCAUAUCACAGGAGUCAGAAUGUUUAAAUGCAAGCUUAAGAGAUGUGGCAAUUUGACAAGUCAAAGUAUGGAAUAAAGACGUGUUAAACUGUUUUUAGUCUAUUUUGAUGAAAACACAGUUGGUGCAUUCAUAUGUCUAAAACAAAGAUAAGUAUCCUUUGAUAUAUUUUUGAAAUGCAAUAUUAAGCAGAGGCUUUCAGCAAUGUUCUGUUAAUGCAAACAAUCUUUAUUUCUUGUUAUGCUGAAAGGUCUUUUUAAGUCUUUUUAAGAAGAACAAAAAUAUUUUUUUCAACUUUGAACAAGAGGGAGUGCAUACUUUGUUGUUAAGUGUUGAAAUGUUGUUAAAAAAUGUUGUUGAAAUGUUGUUAAUUUAUGUGUGAGCAUGCUCAUUUCAUGUAUUACAAACAACUUCCCACAUGUGUUUCAAUACACUAUCUAGCCAAUAGAUUGUGCUUUGUUGAUAAGUAUUGUCUUUCAAGAUCACUUUGAUGUAAAAGCAAUUUCAACAUUAAAGGUAAGAAUGAUAAGCAAUACAUGAAGGAUUCAUGCACAGUUAUCCUUGAGAUUCUCCAUUCAUGGGUACAUAGAUUCUCUGUAGGGAUAUCUGUAACUUCAUUGAGCAAUCUUGCAAAUUUGCCCUCUCUGGCAUGCUUUUCUUUCUUGAUGCAUAAAUGCCCCCUGCUUAUUAUGGACAAAAAAUUCAAAAUGUUGCAAAACUUAACUAAGAAAACUUCUUCCCAAUGUUAUUCCCCAGGACUUUAGCCACAUUGUGAAAAAUGGAUUCUUGCUCUGUUGGAAAUAUUCUUGGAGAACAAUGUCACAAAAGAACAUACUGUGCAACUGCUGCAUUGAUUAGAGUAGAUGAAAUGAACAAAGAUGAAAGGAAUUUGCUUGCAUUACGAUCUGGAAUUGAGAAUGGGAUUGAAACUGUUUGUGAACACCAUCAUAAAUUCUUUCUUGUUAAAUAUGAAGAAUACCAACGUGUCUGCUGUAACCCAUUUGAAAUUCAUGGUCCACAUAGAAAAGGAUCAUUGCGAGUAAUAACAAGUGAUGUGUGCAAAAAUGCUGAACAAAUUCGAAAAAAAUUAAUCCCUGGUAAAAAGUUGUGCCCAUCAUGUAGACAAAGGCUACAAGUUGAAAUUAAAGAGGGAAAUUAUGAAGAUUGGCCAAAAAACCAAGGAGACGUUUCAGAGGAUGAAGAGUUGUCUGCCAUUCAAAAAUCUUUGGAUUUGGAGGAAGAUCGUUCAGAUGUUUCUGAUUUCUUUAGUUCUGUAGGGGUAUCACCAAUAAAACACCAUGCAGUUUCAACAGCAGUGAAAACAAAGCAAGGGAAGCGCAAGCUUGAAACUGUGGUGGCAACAUUGACCGAGAAAGUUGCAAGAUCUCUUGACAUACCUGUUACGGAACUUAGAGCUCAACAAGAUACGUCUGAGUCAAGUAGGGAGGAAAUAAAGAAAAAAGUGGCUUCCUUUGAUGAAAUUAUGGACAAUCUUGCAAGAAAGGUAAAAUCAUUGGAUUGCAAAAGCAAACAAUUACAAAUUCUGACAUUGCUUCCAUCAAAUUGGUCCAAUAAAAUGGCAUCAGAUUUCUUUGGUGUCUCGGAAUACAUGGUUCGCACUGCACGCAAGCUAGCCAUGGAGAAGGGAAUCCUGUCUUUACCAGAUCCUAAAAAAGGACAUAGCUUGCCCAAAACAACCCUCAACCUCGUGCAUCAAUUCUACCAUGAUGAAGAAUUCACUAGAGAAAUGCCAGGCAAGAAAGAUUGUGUUAGUAUUGCACCAAAUGACCACAGACAAAAGAGGCUCAUUCUUUGUAAUAUAAAAGAACUUUUCAAUGCCUUUAAAGUCAAGUUACCGGAAAUUAAGAUCGGCUUUUCAAAAUUUUCUUCUUUAAGGCCAAAAUGGUGUGUUUUAGCAGGUGGUUCUGGAACGCAUUCUGUUUGUGUGUGCUCUAUUCACCAAAAUAUCAAACUCCUUCUUGCUCCUAUUAAUACCAGCUAUAAAGAUCUACUGCAUUUUGUUGUAUGCAGUCCUGAAAGCAGAGAGUGCAUGGUGAAUCGUUGUGAUGCUUGUCCAACAUCAACUGAUCCCUUAAAGGAACAUCUUUUCAAGGUGGCUUUUGAGCAUCAAUUCAGUGACAAAAUUGAAUUUCAGCAAUGGACAACUACUGAUCGGUCAGACCUUGUCAACUGCCAAGAGUCAAUUGUAGACUAUGUAGACCUGGUAGUUUCCCAGCUGGGAAAGCUGACAACACAUUCCUAUAUUGCGAAAGCCCAGGCUAGAUAUUUGAAGCAACGAAAAGAAAAUAUUACAGAAGAAACAGCACUUUUUCUUGGAGACUUUGCUGAAAACUACACCUUUCUGAUCCAAGAUGAGAUCCAAAGCUACCAUUGGAGUAAUAAGCAAUGCUCUCUUCACCCAGUUGUUGUUUAUUUCAAAGAAGGUGAAAUUCUUAAGCAUAGGUCCUAUUGUGUUCUCUCAGAUGACCUAAUGCAUGAUGUCUCAUUUGUUCAUUCAGUCAUAAAGCUUGUGUUGGAUGACUUGAAGUUAGUUUGUCCCCCAGUUAAAACAAUAGAGUAUUUCUCUGAUGGCUGUGCACAGCAAUAUAAAAAUCGCAAAAACUUUAUUAAUCUCUGCUACCAUAAGAAUGACUUUAGUUUUGAUGCGGUCUGGAACUUCUUUGCUACAAGCCACGGGAAGCAGCCUUGUGAUGGGAUAGGUGGCACUGUCAAACGGUUGGUUGCAAAGGCAAGUUUGCAAAGACCAGUUUCUAACCAGAUUUUGACAUUUGAAGCUAUGCUUGAGUUCUGCAAGUCAAACAUUUCUGAGAUAAAAUUUAUUCCCCUUUACAAGACUGAUUUAGAAAAAAAUAGGAAAAUUUUAGCAAAACGAUUUUACAACACAUAUCCUGUUCCUGGGACAAGAAUGUUUCAUCAGUUCAUUCCAUUGACAGAAAGGACUAUUGCUGUAAAAAAAUGCAGCGAUGAUGAGCAAUUUUAUUUGCGGCAUGACAUGGCCAGCACGGUCAUUUUCAUGGCCUAACAGUGAAGACAUUUGUCUGGUUCCAGUUAACCAUAUUUUGAGCAUCAUAGACCCUCCAACAACUUCCACUGGGAGACAGUACAACUUGUCAAAAAAGGAUUUCAAAUUUAUAGUGUCUAAAUUUAUUGAAAUCAUAAAUUAACAUUGUAAAAUGCAGUUUUAGAUUGUAUUUUGUCCUUGCUCAAAGUGGCACGUACAAGCAGUUUUAUGGUCAUAAUGACCACCUUAUUUAGUGAACUUAACCAGGUAGUACCACAAUGAAACUUUUCAAGCUGGUGCACACAACAUUUGUUUUUGAAAAAAGUUAACAAUAUUUGUGGUGCUACCUGGGCCUUUCAAGGGGGGAAGGGCAAUAUAAACACUGGUGGUUGUGAGAAGUUUGCAGCUGUACCUGAAGAUUGAGCCAUAUCUCCUAAAGUAAAGGUGGAAGUGAGAUUUAAGUGUGUUUUAUGGAAUCUACAUGCUUGAAAACCUAAUAGGGCCAAAUUUGCAUAGCACAGCAAUAAACCAUUGGAUACUACAAACAAUCAAACCCAUGCAAAACUGCGGCUCUGAUUUUCGCCCCUAAAUUGGGCGGGGCUAAAAGACUUUUCUAAUGCCCAUAAAACCUGAACGGAUGGGAAUUUUGAGAAAAAAAUUUGUAGCAAGUCUUUUAGCCAUAGUUGCAACAUGAUCACCAAAUUUCAUGUAAUUCUGAGAUAUAUGGUGUCAAAACUCAUAUAUUCUACAAAAUUUCAUAUGGAAUGACCCUAUUCACAACAUUUUUCUGCCUAUACGCUGCUUUUUGCGAAUAUUCUUUGCAUGAUACAUCAUUUCAAAUCUAGUUAUUUUCCAUUCUCUACUUUGUGACAUUUAAAAGAGAAAAAGUUUCAUCAAAGUGGGGUCAAAGUCUAUUUGUCAUGAUCCGCAUUCCGUAAUUGAAGUCAAAAGGGUAAGCGUAAGCACCUUCAAUUCUAACAAAGUUGUUCUCUCACAACAUCAUGAUCUUUGUUAACUAUGAGAGUAGAUAAUGAGCAGAAACCUGCUCCUGGUCGCCUAGGCUCUGCAGUGUGUUAACAAUUUUGCAAUGUGGAGAGCUCCUCUUGCGGGAAUCCCCAGCUGCAUUAUAGCAUAAAAAAUUCUUACGUUAGGUGGCCAUUGGGUGAUGCCUUUUUUUGAGGAAUGAAUAAGAAUGAGAUCUUUUGCAAAACGGUUUUAGCACUUGUAUUUUUAAGAAGCUGAAAUUACGAUUAAAUUCAUUCAACAUGGCCAUAUAUUUUGUGUUACCGCAUGCCUUAGUUCUGCGCUCACGCUACGCCACUGGUUAAAUCUAAAGAAGUAUCUAAAUAUUCAAAACAAAAAAACUUGUGUAAACUAUUCAAGAUAAAGAUUUCAAAUCUGAAGUCUGAUUUUGAGAAGGGUGAUAGCAAUAUGCAAAAUUGAUGAUAUCAACCGGAGACGGAUAAUUGCUCUCAAACAAUUAAAUAAGUUGAAGCUUAUAGCUAUAGCAAUUUUAAGAAAAUUCUGCCGCCUACACCAGUUGAAAAAUGUUCAGCCUAGAAGAUAAACUUGCAGCCAAAAAUACCAACUCUGUGGCCAACAAGAGACCAACAAAAAAGCCAACAAAGUAAAAAAUUACUUUUUCCAAUAUUGCAAAUAUCCCAUUGCAAAUUUCAGUAUUUUGGGAUGACAAACUGUAAUUUAAAGUUCAUAAAAGUUCAAUAAUAAAGAUGUUGGGAGAUCAAGCUCAAGCACCUUUCUUGGGGGGUUAUACCCAUGAUGCAUUCCAUGCUAAUCUUAAAGCCAAAGGUACACCAAAGGUACACCAAAGAUUGGCCAGGUCAACACCUAGACUCAUACAGGCGUGUCACUUCAUACUUUUGUUAGGGGGGAGGUGGGGUUGGCUGCAUAUUUGCCCUGCAAAAAAAUUUUGCCCUCGCAAAAGUUGAACAUGUGGGAAACUGGCCCAAAAAUAUAGUAAAGUUGUUCUAUUUAAAGGUCACACUGCAAAUUCUUCCAUAAGGAGUUAAAAAUUGUCAACUGAUACAGAUAUGAUUCAAAGUGUGACAACAACCAUUGAAUUUCAGUCCAUUAAUAAUUUUGUACCAUUUUAUCCCUCACACCUAUUUAGUAGAAACUCUUAAAAAGUGUCUAAGAAAUGUUGAUAUCUACUCCCGGACACUUUUUGGAAACUAGUUGAGAGCAGUAAACAUUUGUGAAUCGUUGACCUGUGGAAUAAACUAGUCUAUGGAAUCAAUGUGAAAUUUGGAGUGAACUGGGUCAGGAGGGAUAUCAAGUUCACUUUUCAUUCAGGAAAAUUAUGUAUGUAAAUACACUACCAGGACAAAAGUAUUGCAACACCCAAACGAAAAUGGCAUCCAAAAAAUGGAAGUUUUGUACACUAAUAUCUUUAGGCUGAAAUGUUCUCCUUAAAAGAGAAAAUAAUCAUGCUAAACCAGUAGUCAUAUUCUUUGAAAUUUAACGAGGAUUUCGGAAUAUUCAGAAUUACAAUAUUAACCUAAGAAAUCUUACAAGUAUAAGAAAAAACAUCUGCAGGUAAAAUCAAAAUAUCGAGAGGAUAAGGAGUUAGUAGUUGUGAUAAACUUCGUGUAACUGGUCUUUUACUUUAAAGAUUUCGAAACUUUUUACAGAAAAUGAAAGCAAAAUAGUAAGAGAUCAGGAAACAACAAAUCAAUUCAAUAUUUGCGACUUUUUUAGCCCCAAAAUUUUCCAUUUCACCUUGGGUAAUUGUUUGGGGUACAGUUAGGCCCAUAUAAAUUAGUAAAUCAUAAACUAGUGACGUGCGAGUUAAUGCAGUGAAACAUGUCAAAAUAAUGCAAAACAGUAUUUUUGGUGGAAUCAAAUCAAUGCUAGGAAAAUGAGGAAGGCAUUUUUUAUCAUAAAAAGCAAUACAUCCCCUUACAAGGCCAUUUUUACUCAAAUUUACCUGAAAAUCUGCAAACUCUAUGUCCUUCCUCGGCCAUCACAAAGACCUAACCUUAAAAUAAGCGAAUAUUUCUUGUUGCCAAUAAAAAUGAACUGAUUUGAAAUCCACAAGGUUCUCUAAGGUCCAAACAAAAACUGACUUAGAGAGUUUAUUGAGAAUGAAACAGAAUCCCAGUGCAUUUCAUCAACAAAUUUUGUGCAUCAAUUCCAAAGCAAUUUUCCGUACUUAUCAAAGCCAGAAGCACCUCCACAAAAUGUUUGUUUGAUUAAAAGUUACUUGAAUUGCUGAUUUAAAUUUUUGAAAAAUGAAAAUGGAAUAUUUGAAUUAACGCUUCAUUGAAUUUCCAAUUUUAUUUGCCUGCCAUUGGCUGAUUAAACAAUAGCUUAAACAGACAACAACAAAAGUUAUUGCAUGAUCCGCCAUUAAUCGUCUUCGCAGGUGUUGCAUUACUUUUUUCCUGGUAGUGUAUAUAGGUAAAAUUAGUUUAUUGUUGUUAUUAUUAGUAGAUUUGCAAAGUUAUCAUUGUUAAUGUUAAUUUUGUUAACUUGUAAAGUUUUCCCACAGCCCCUCAAAUAAAUCUCUUUUCAUGUUUAUUCAUUUUAUUUCUUAAUCAUGGUUGCUUGGUCAGUCAAAAGGGACUGUUUCCAGGAAGGCUUAUAGGCUGAUAACCAUAGCAAAACUCAAAUACAAAGAAACUUUAUUGUUACAAUAUUUUUGAAAUUGAGAAAGUAUCAAAAUGAAAUUUACACUUGCAGAAUAUCUAAAAAUUUCAGCCUGAUUGAAUAUCCAAAACAUCGUCAAAAAUUAAUUUCUCCAUGAUGUUGAUAUUUGGAUGUUAAUAUAAUGUUCUGAUUUGUCUAAAAUUUCUCUAUCUU